AUGUUGGGGUCCCAGCCGGCGAGUGACAAUGCGGGCUCUGUGUGCGCCGGGCUCCGAGCGCGCCGGCCCCCGGGGAUGCAGGGGCCGGAGGAGCCGCGGUGCUGCCACCCGGGGAUGCAGGGGCUGGAGGAGCCGCUGUGCUGCCACCCGGGCAUUCAGGGGCCGGAGGAGCCGCUGUGCUGCCACCCGGGCAUGCAGGGGCCGGAGGAGCCGCUGUGCUGCCACCCGGGCAUGCAGGGGCCGGAGGAGCCGCUGUGCUGCCACCCGGGCAUGCAGGGGCCGGAGGAGCCGCGGUGCUGCCACCCGGGGAUGCAGGGGCCGGAGGAGCCGCUGUGCUGCCACCCGGGGAUGCAGGGGCCGGAGGAGCCGCUGUGCUGCCACCCGGGGAUGCAGGGGCCAGAGGAGCCGCUGUGCUGCCACCCGGGGAUGCAGGGGCCGGAGGAGCGGCUGUGCUGCCACCCGGGGAUGCAGGGGCCGGAGGAGCCGCUGUGCUGCCACCCGGGGAUGCAGGGGCCAGAGGAGCCGCUGUGCUGCCACCCGGGCAUUCAGGGGCCGGAGGAGCCGCGGUGCUGCCACCGCUGCCGGCACCAGCGCUGUCCCUGCCUUCCAUCCCUGCCUUACCCCAGCCCGGCUCUGCCGCUCGGCUCAGCCCCGCUGCCCAGGUUUGAGGCCGUGCAUCCAGAGGGAAUCUGCCCUGGAUGGAGCAUCGUGGUCAAGGGUGAGACCAGUUCCACUUCAGGCAUGUUUGAGGUUAAUUUGCUCUGUGAUCCCGGAGACCAAAUCGCUCUCCACUUUAACCCUCGCCUCUCCAUCUCCAGAAUUGUCUGCAACUCCUUCCUCAACAGCCACUGGGGGCAGGAAGAGGUUAACAGCACCUUUCCCUUCAAAGCAAAGGAGCCCUUCCAGGUUGAAAUCUACUCUGACCAGGACUAUUUCCACGUUUUCAUCAAUGAAAACAAAGUCCUGCAGUACAAGCAUCGGCAGAAGAAUCUCUCAUCCAUCACCAAGCUGCAGAUUCUGGAUGAUAUUGACAUUUCUUCAGUGGAAAUCACCAAACGAGCUCUUUACUAG